GGCAACCUAGUGCUGAUCGCUCGUGCCGGUGCGGCUGUUAACCGCCCUUGCGGGACCGGAGGCUCAAGAACAUCCCCCUCCCUUUCCUGGUUUUCCUUCCUCCCCCUUUCCGGUCGACCGGGGGGCAUGAGCAGCGAUGGCCGGCUACAGCCCUGAGGAGAAAACUUACCGGCGCUUCCUAGAGCUGUUUCUGGGCGAGUUUCGCGGACCGUGUGGCGGCGGCGAGCCAGAGCCAGAACCUGAACCCGAGUUGGAGCCGGAGCCCGAACUGAUAGCGGCUGAGGCGGCGGAGGCUACGGUCGAGGAACAGGGGGAAGAGGCGGCGACGCUGGCCGCGACGGAGGAGGGGGAGCAGGAGCAAGACCCGGAGCCCGAGAAGGAGGCAGUGGAGGAGGUGGCGGCUGAGGGCGAGGAGGAGGAGGUGGAGGAAGCGGUGGCAGCCCCUGGGCGGUCGACCGUGUCGCCGCUGCCGCCGCAGCCCCAGCUGCCGCCUCUGCCCCCGCUCCCGCGGCCACUGUCCGAGCGCAUCACCCGCGAGGAGGUGGAGGGCGAAAGCCUGGACCUGUGCCUGCAGCAGCUCUACAAAUACUGGUGAAAGAGCCCCUGCUGCUCGGACGGUGGCAACGGGUCGCGAUCUGCCCACGCCCGCCUGGGCCUCCGCACCUCCUGCCUGGCCCGGCCCCCGCCCCCUCCCG